AUGGCAACAAUAUCAAACAUAUUGACGCGUAGAGAUACCUCACUAUCAGACACGAAAGAUAGUGCAACAUUCAUAAUCCUUGGUCUAAUAAUCGGAUUAUUUCUGCUCCUUGGUAUUCUCAUAGUGAUAGCAAUAGUGAGAGCUCGUGCGAAAAAAGCUAAAACAACAACAAUUAACUCAACAGAAACCUCAGAAGUUGUUACAACACAACAGCAACAUCAUCGUCAAGCUAAAGAUCCAAAACUUCGAUCACUAUCUAUUCUGGAAGGGCAAGGAGUGGUAACAGGAAAAACAACGAAUAUUGACAGGAGAGCAUCAAAGACGACAACAGCCGUUAAGUCGGGUCAAGAACGAAAUUCAAAUGGCUCUACACUUGUUGGAUUGCCAAUUCGAGAUAGUCUUAUGAGUACAGAGACAUUCUUCACUAGUCCAAGAGCAAGUAGAGAAAUUGAAGAGCCACCGACUUCUAUUGUUAGUCCGACUACGACCAAUCCUACAACUACGAACGUCUAUAUUAUACCAAAUAUUCCAGAGCCUGCUAUUUCUCGUACUUCAAUACAUAAUCUCGAUAUAACUUUUUGA